AUGGCUACCACAGGCCUGACUCCCACGCAAGAGGCCGCUUUUAGACGAAGCAAGCAACUCUCCGUCCAGCAACGCGAAGAACUUCUGAAGCCCUUUCUCCCCUCCGAACCUUCCGACAGCGAGACGCAGGCGCAGAAGAAGAAGGCCCUGCGCGACCGCCGCCAACGCGCAGCCCAACAGAACCGCAAGCCACUCGCAGGCCCCAUCAAGACCUUCCUCCACCUCGCAAUCUACCACGUCGUCGCUCUCUUAUUCAGCAUCUUCUUCCGCUUCCGUCGCGCCUACCGACUUGUCAGGGGCAAGGUCGUCUCGCUGCUCAAGUACCAUCACCGGACUCCAGAGUUCAUCGCCCACGAUGUCAAAGACCUCGAGAAGCUGCCCAAGCACCUCAGUGUGAUAGUUGAAUACCAAGAGGACGACGGAAGCCAGGGUACAGCCGGAUUAGAAGGACUUGUAAACGAUGUUUGUGAGAUAGCAGCUUGGGCCGCGAGUGCCGGCAUACCCUUUCUGAGCGUCUACGAACGGACGGGUGUACUUAAGAACUACCUCCCUCAGACCCACGCCUCCAUCUGGUCAACCCUAGAAGCCUACUUCGGACCCCAUCGCAAGCCUACGCUCUCCCUCCGUGCGCCGCACCUAUCCUCCUACUCUCCUCCCAACACGCCUCCUCAGAGUGCAGACGAUGACCUCAAAGGGGAAGAACGCCAGCAUCUUACCGUCCUCCUCCUCUCCGAACACGACGGCCGCGACACCAUCGUCGACCUGACGCGCACACUAGCCGAGAUGGCCCAGAAGGGAGACGUACGACAAGAGCAGAUCAACACGGACCUGAUUGAUGCGCAGUUGAACGACCACGUUUCGAGUGAACCAGAUCUUCUGAUUCUGUUCAGUCCUACAGUGCAACUCAAAGGAUACCCACCGUGGCAGCUGAGGUUGACAGAGAUCUUCCACCUACCAGACAACAAGGGUGUCAACUACCAGGUCUUCCUGCGAGCCUUGUACAACUUUGCAAAGGUCGAGAUGCGCCUUGGGAGAUAG